AUGAUUUAUUCUAGAUUCACCAGCUUGGCCGUAGCACUUUUGCUUGCCCUCGAGGUCACCGUUGCUCAGCCUCAUGGGAAACGCCAUCACAAGAGGAGCCCCAAAGCUGUAGCUGAGCCUACAGCGGAGACUCAAACCGAGUACGAGACUGUCUACGUCUACGUUGAUGAGAACGGCAAUAAGAUUGAGAACUAUUCCCCCGAAGCCUCAGCACCUGCUCCCGAGCAGCACUCCGUCGAUGUAUCGAGUCUCAACACAGCAAACACAGCAAAUAAGGGUGUUGCAUCAAUCUCUGGGUCCAAGCCCGGCAUUGUCUACUCUCCCUACAACGAUGAUGGGUCUUGCAAGUCCUCUGCUCAGGUCUCCUCCGAUUUUGCCAGUCUCCAGGAUUAUCCUUUGAUCCGUAUCUAUGGUGUCGACUGUAACCAGGUUUCCAACGUUUUGGCAGCUAAGGCAUCAUCCACCAAGAUCUUCGUCGGUAUCUUCAAUGUUAUUGAUUCCACGCAGUUCAACAAUGAUAUGAGCAGCCUUAUCAAGUCAGCAAGCAGUUCUUGGGGCUCAAUUCAUACUGUUGCUAUCGGAAAUGAGCUUGUGAACAGUGGGGCUUCUGUUUCAGCAGUGGUUUCUGCGCUUAACAGCGCCCGUACCACUCUCCGUGCUGCUGGAUACACUGGUCCCGUCGUCACUGUUGAUACCUUUGUCGCUAUCAUGAACAAUCCGAUCCUGUGUCAAAACUCUGACUACAUUGCGGCUAACUGCCACCCUUACUACGACGGCAAGGUUGAUGCCAGUGGUGCUGGGUCUUUCUUGACUACUCAAAGUGCGAACAUCAAGGCUGCUUGCCCUGGAAAGGAUCUUUUGUACACCGAAACCGGCUGGCCUCAUCAGGGAGAGCCUAAUGGUCUCGCCAAGGCCUCUGUCAGCGAUCAGACAACUGCUCUCAAGUCAAUCUGGGCCGCUAUGGGAAGCAAUGUUAUCUUGUUCACAUUCCGUGAUGACCUAUGGAAGCAAAACACCGCAGCUACAUUCAACGCAGAGAAGUAUUGGGGUAUUAAAGAUUAUUCCAUCUUCAAUUAA